AUGAGUUCCUUGAGAGGCACUGCACGUGGAGCCUCUGUUUUGGUCUGGCUAAGCAAGAAUCACAACACCGAUGUUGCUGAAACCUCUACCAAGCAAACAGUUGCAGCUACGAAUGUUCCCAUUCCUCAGCAAGUCCCAGAGAGCCAGGUUAUCCGCAGUCAGAUGAACCCAAAUCCCAUCACGGAGUCACACAGGGAGUUGGCUUUCCGUGUCAUAACUGUCUGUGGGCCCGAUGGAAUCAGGGAAAAUGUUGCAGGAUUCGAGUUCCUAGUCGAAAAUCUUUUCAUGGAUCUUUUUUAUGGCGGCGUAGAUCCUGCUAUUACGCCUAUCAUCAUUCCAACCGCCGAGAGGUCCUCUUUCAAUGACCAAGAACUCGUCCGCCUUGCCGGUGAUCCUCCCGAAGGCGAGACGUGGUCACAGUUGAUAUGCGAUCGAGACACUCGAUUAUAUGCCAUAUGGACAUUCCUCAACCGAUUGAUCUACAGACGAAUGGAUCCAAACUGCAAUGUUGAAGAAUGCCUGUUGCCUCCUGAGGCCUCAAGCUGUUAUCAGCUCAUGCCUCGUCGCGACUUCACUCACAGGGAAGACUCCAUUUCAGUCUGGAGAGAGAUUCUCUUCAUGAUGCUCAUGGGUCUGUACAAAAUGGUAUACAUACCCGCGACCGAUCUCGACAUGGAUGACCCACGACGAGAGAGAAUUGAUUCCAUGGCCUCUGAAGUCGCCGACGCCCUGAAUCUGGAACUCCUAGAAGCUCGUGGCCGUUCAGGCGCUGAUAUCAAAAAGAGGCUGAGUCACAUUUUCGGCUACGCAGCAAACUGUGCUCUCAUCUUCUUCGGGCAGCCCUCUGUGUGGGAAACUGACUGGGAUUCUGACCCAGGUCGUCUCGUUGCUCCGAGAAUCCGGUUCAUGUGGAAUGGGCAGGUCAAAUGGACCAGACCUCCUGUCGUGUAUAAAGGCACCCCGUAG